UUGACCGACUCUUGCAGCUGGCUAAGCGAACCAGCAGGGCUUCAGAACAUCUGCCAUAUCACACAUUCACAGAGUGAGCACUAUUAUUCUCCAUUCAAACCCAUUGUUCUUUGCAAUACGGCUUGUAUUUUCUCCUCCAGAAAUCUCUCGGUGCCUUGUUCUGCUUUCUCUUUUUCCUCAGGAUUUAAUCCUACUAGCUGUUUUCCCCUCUCUUCUCCUCUAUCCCCACUGACUCCUCCCUCCCUUGCUCUCAUACUCACGAACGAACACACUUGAACACAAGCACACAUACAUACACACGCACACACACACACACACACACACCCUCCUCCCCCAUCGCUGCAGUGUCUCUUAACUGCCUUGGAGCUAACAAGAGGGUAAAUAGCACACCGACAAUUAUUAGAGAAGGAGAGAGCACAACACAGAGAAAGAGUGGCAGUGAAUGAGUGCAUGUGUGCGAGGAGAUUCAGGCGGAUCUGAGGAUGUUGGCGAUUCGGGACUAAGGGGACGGAUCGCGCGCUCCCUCUGCCUCCCAAGUGAAUGUUUGUCUGCAGUGUUGCUGGUGAAUGGACGGCAAGCAGUGAAACGGAACGAGGGCUUUUAGCUGCCUCACUGGCUUAUGUAAGCAGGACGAUCUAGUACACAGAUGCCCGAAACAGUUCACAAAAACAAAGGUCUGACAGUCCAUUGGAUGGAACGUUCUGAAGAAUACUAAGGGAGGGAGGAGCUGUCAAUAGAUGAAUGAAUCACAGAAAUACAGGCAAUCACACUGGACGCCAUGAGGGAGGAGAGUGAAGGAAUUUUACGGUUCCGACUUUCUCUUGAUGAACACUGACAAGUCCACUAAAAGCCUGCCGUGCUAAGGGGAUAAGUCCCCUGAUAUGAACCUCAAAUCUUUGGGAUCUCAAAAUCAAACAAGCCCUUAUGCCAGGGCCUGAGUGGGGCUUCCGCCAUGUCAUGGUAGCACUGCACACCAAAACGUCAACCCUUGAAAAAAAAACUAAACUGUAGACUUGCACGAUGAAAGUUGUCUAACACCAAUCAGGCAGACGCUUAUCGUAGGAACAGCUCAACUGUAUCAACAUUUCGCAUUGCAUACUUUUCAUCCAUUUUCCCUCUCCCUGGUAUUACCAGCAAAGUCCAACUAUGGGGUGCCGGCAGAGUACGGAGGAGAAGGAGGCCGCCAGGCGUUCACGGCGCAUCGAUAGACACCUCCGAUCAGAAAGCCAGCGACAGCGUCGUGAGAUUAAACUCCUGCUUCUAGGCACCAGCAACUCAGGCAAGAGCACCAUCGUGAAGCAGAUGAAGAUCAUCCACAGUGGAGGCUUCAACCUGGAAGCCUGCAAGGAGUACAAGCCUCUCAUCCUCUACAACGCCAUUGACUCACUCACCCGCAUCAUCCGUGCACUCGCAACCUUGAAGAUAGACUUCCAUAACCCUGAUCGUGCUUAUGAUGCAGUGCAACUCUUCGCCCUCACCGGGCCGGCUGAGAGCAAGGGCGAGAUCACGCCAGAGCUCCUGGGGGUGAUGAAGCGAUUGUGGGCCGAUCCAGGCGUCCAGGAGUGUUUCUGCCGCUCUAAUGAGUACCACCUAGAGGACAAUACAGCUUAUUAUCUAAAUGACCUGGACCGCAUUUCCGCCCCAGAGUACAUUCCAACCGUCGAGGACAUUCUGCGCUCACGUGACAUGACCACCGGCAUUGUUGAGAACAAGUUCACCUUCAAAGAGCUCACCUUCAAAAUGGUGGAUGUGGGUGGCCAGCGUUCAGAAAGGAAGAAGUGGAUCCACUGUUUUGAGGGUGUGACUGCCAUUAUAUUCUGUGUGGAGCUCAGUGGCUAUGACCUCAAACUUUAUGAAGACAACCAGACGAGCCGUAUGGCAGAGAGCCUGCGUUUGUUCGAUUCCAUCUGCAACAACAACUGGUUCACCAAUACCUCGCUCAUCCUUUUCCUCAACAAGAAGGAUCUUCUGGCCGAGAAGAUCAAGCGUAUCCCACUUACGGUUUGCUUCGCUGACUACAAGGGCCAGAACACCUACGAGGAGGCGGCCGUGUACGUGCAAAGGCAGUUUGAGGACCUCAACCGCAACAAGGAGACCAAGGAAAUCUACUCGCACUUCACUUGCGCCACUGACACCAGCAACAUCCAGUUUGUGUUUGACGCGGUGACGGACGUGAUCAUCCAAAACAAUCUCAAGUACAUUGGGCUGUGCUAGGACGAGGGGAUGGGGGAGAGAGGCGGCAGGCGCGGCAAACGAAAAACUCUUGAUGAACGACAAGGCCUGUCUGUCAAUUGUUUGGGCGCCCUCGAAAACAUUUGCUGAAACAGGAACUCAGUUGAAGCCCGGAGGAAAGGGCUACAUGCUGCCAUCCUGCUAGGUUUAUCAAUGUCAAAUAUGUAAAGGUCAAGAAGGAUUUUACAAGGUUGGUAUAAAUGUGUUUGCACUGAACAUAUGAGUAUGUAGACACACACACACAUGCAUCGUUAUGUUUUUUCUCACACAUCAGACUUUGGGAUCAGCCGUCAAGGCUAUGUUUGACAUGGAAACACUGGAAACAGAUCUCCCCGCUCCUCUCUUCCCUGAGAAACAGCAGGAAUUCCUUACCAUCCAAGAAUAGGGACCGUUCACCCAAAAAUGACAAUUCUGUCAUCAUUUACUCGUUUUAAACCUGUAUGUCUUAUUUUCUUUUGUGCAGCAAAAAAAGAGAGAUGUUUAGCUGAAUUUCUCUUCUCUUUUCCAAACAACGUCAGUAAACGUUAAAUGAUAAAUAUGAUGUCACCUUAUUGGGAAAGAUCUUGAAGUGAAAUCUUUGAUUCCAUUUCAGUACAUCACAGUUGCUCAUAAUUCAGUGUUUUUUGGUGGUUAGGAAAAUUCUGUUGCCAGAUGAUUCCUAUGGAUAUUCUGAUUGUUCUGUAUCAGCCCAUUUGGUCAAAAUUGUCAUUCUGAUAGCUAAUGUAUUAGUACAAUAACACAGUAAACGUCCUCAACAAUAUUAACCAGUCUUAAAGUCUGCAUGAACCAGAAGCUGCAACUAUUGUUUUCGUAUUUUGAUGCAAUUCUUAGUGGAAUGGAAUACCCAGUGAGAAAAAAAAGUGGGCGUGGCUUGUUUUUUGUUAACUGUGAGCUAAUUGGAUGUAGUAAAGUAGGCGUUUCAUUCAAAGAGAUUGAGAAAAGGGUUUCGGGAGAGUUAUUACAACCUAACAGAUGCCUGGUCCUCUCCUCUUCUGUUUGUUGUCAUACUACUGUCAAAACUGACAGUUGGACAAUACCUCAGAAAGACGUUAUUUGAGAAUUGAAAACAAACAGGAAGUGCAUUUUCAGAUUUUUUUUUUCUAAAUGACAUGCAUGGUUGAAUUGUUUACCAUGAAACUAACAAUGCGAGCUAACAAAAUCAAUAUGCUUAGUUUUGAUUUCAAGUGUAAUUUAAGACUGUGGCUUAUGAAGCUGAUGACGGGAUGAGUAUCAGUCAGUUUAGUUUUGAGGUGUGCUUUACUCCUAGUCAGAAAACUUUUGCGUGCUCUUUGUCCAUGUUCAUUUGGCAUCCAUCAGUGUUGCCACCAUAGGUGAGAAAGAUACCUCUCAUAAUCUCUUAAAUUUAAUGAACAAGUUCUUGAGGGGGGAAAAGCUAACUAAUGAAAGUGAGUAAAGAAUUUAAGAUGGCUAUUCUAAUUUUAAGGCAUCUUACUUUAGUAUUAAAGUUCACAAAUAAAUACAUUAUGACAAACGUCAAGCAAGCAUCGCAUUAGUUUGUAUAUAUAGUAGGUCAGCUAGUAGGAGCAGAUAGAAUAUUUCUCACUCCCCUGCCCUCAAGAGGGACUCUAGCGACAGUUGCUAAAGGUUACAGUCUUUGGCAUCCUUGUUAGUGCACCUGCCACCCAUGUCAAAAACUAUGAUUCAAAAGCUGCUCGGAACAGGGCAAGUAAAACCAGAGAGGUUACAUUGGUGCCAUGACCCAGACGGGACUAAUAGGAACUGUGAGAGGAAAUCUCUCUCCCCUGGCCUGUGUGCCUGACACCAAUUUUGUAAACACAGGUUUAAAAUCUGUCUCACAGAAGUGUGAAAAGAACCUAAGGAGUUACACAGCUGAAGUAGGAAGGUGAGUCUAAUAGAGGCCACCUAGUAUCAGUUGUGUAGGUAAAGCUGGCUGAAAAAGUGCAGUAGGAGCUGUAUGAAUUAUCCUUCAUCAACUUAUCUUAAAAAGUGCACUAUUAAUUCAUGCUAGAAGCAGCACUUUUUAUCUCAGUUUUUGCUUUCAUCAUCCAAGUUUGAAAUGCUAGUUCAGGAGUGGACCAUGUAGAACCGCAAGGUUUACAUUGGUGCCGUGACCCGGAGGGGUUUUGGAGUGAGUGUAACUGUUCAGGUAGACAUCGCUCCACUGGCCUCAAGACAUGUACUAGCAAAUGACACAAGGGGCCAUGGUCUUUAGCAUCCUUCUUAGUGUACCCUCAAACAGUUCUGGAAACAAUAUUUGAAAUACGCUCACUACUGGGUGAGUAGAACUGGAGGGGUUACAUUGGUGCCGUAACCUAAGUGGGGGCAAGGUUCAGGGAGAUCUGCGUGAUGGAGGGCAGAUAGUAGGAACUACCCUGGCCUCAAGAGACUCCAGAAUUUAGUGUCCUUCUUAGCACUCCUGCCUCCCAUGCUGAAAAUUCUGGUUCAAAUGCCACUUGGUGUGGGGCAAGUAGAACCAGAACAGUUAUACUGGUUUUAUUUGCAGUGUGUUCAAGUACAACUUUUUAGCCUAUGCGCUUGUUAAGUUGUGAUGUAUGAAAUACUGUUUCCGGGUCCAAGCCGCUACUAAUUUGAACUGAGAAAAUAUUCGUUUAUGGCCACUUUUUAGUCCUAUCACACAUUCAAGUGAAUUUUAUAUAAAAUCAUGGUGUACACAACAGUCUCUGGACUUGCUGCAUCACAAAUAACAAAAUUUUAACAAUUUAUAAAAAAUUCUGGCCAUUGGAUAUUAG